AUGCUUUCCACCAUUCGCUUAGCAGACGUCUUGCUGCUCCUCCUGAUCACUCAGACCACGCAGGCUGGCCCAGUCCAGUCAACGGCAGACUCUCAGUCGACCCCGGAAUCCCAGACGAUACCGACGACAACUUCAGGUCCGGUCUUGCUCCGUCCCACGUUCAGCACCAUUUCUUUACCGCCGCACCUCACGUCUGGCUUCCAGAACGGGUCCUCUCUAUAUCCUGGCAACACCGCCUCCGCUUCCGCACCUGAUACGACACCGGUUGAAGGCGCCCCCUCUGCUUCUACUCAGACAACACUGCUGCAGUCGUCUCUGUCUUUUUCUUUUCCCGUUCCGGGUGAGACCAAGGCCGCGACGUCGAGUAUUGUGGAACAGCCUGUAGCAUCCUCUACUCUUGCCCCUAUCUUAUCCAGUACUACCAACGUCGGGGCGUCCUCCCCUCCCGCCUCAUCUACCAUCGUCGGUGCUGGACCGACCACGACAUCUCCGGUCCAAACCUCGCCAGAGAGCCCUUCUUCGGCUCCAGCAACACACUCUACAACCAUCUCUCUCUCAACGCCCUCGUCCAAACUCCAGGUCACAGGAACGCCUAACAACCAAGUCCCCACGAUCCGCACUUCCACCCCUGCCGCCUCGGCCACCGUCUCCCCCGAAGUCGCCGCCAACAACCUCGCUUCCGCAAAAACCUUCAACAGCCUCUUCGCCUCCCUUACUGAGCAAUCCGCCUGUACUGCCGGCCAGAUCGCCUGUAUCAAGGGCAACGUCGGCAUCUGCGGCUCCAGUGGCGCGUUCGCGGUCCAGUCCUGCGGAACGGGAACAUCGUGCUUCGCGUUGCCGAUGAACACGACCGAGGGCGUCAUUGUCGGGUGCUAUGACCCCAAAGUAGCGAGUGGGAUCUUGGGUACGCCGGUAUCUGCCCCUGUUCCGGGGUCGUCGACCAGUCCGGCGCAAGCUCCACCUGCGUCUGAGAUCGCGUCGGAAGUUACCAUGACAAUUACGCCUACUGUCAUCGCGACUUACACGGUCUCCGUAAGCCCAUCUGCAAGUCCAGAGACGAGCUCUGCAGCCCAGGCUCCGGGAUUCACCACCACCGUUGUCGUCACCAAGACCAUGGAACCUGUCCCUGCGCCCUCAUCCACAGCGGCGGAGGAAGAGCCUUCUACAACAUCUACAUCUCGCCGGCGCACGCGCACUUCGACCGCCGAGGAGACGACAACUCAACAAACGACCUCCCCAAAAUCUACACCCUCCGCAACGCCAGCCAGCACCCCCGCCACCCCGACAGGGACGUUUACAGACACCCUGAUCGUCAACCCGAUCCCCACAGACGAACCCAGCGAGCCGCCCGCAACCAUUGUCGCCGGCACCCACUCCUCGCUGACAGGAAAGUCCAGCCCCACGACCUCGGCGGGCCUGCCGCCCGGUAUGGGCGUCCCGCAGGGCACGCCCAUCUUGACGGUCUUUGUGACGGUCACGCAGAAGGAGCGGGAGACCGUUACAGUCACCGUGACGAAAGACUGA